GGCGCCACAAUAGAAAACACGAAAAGGACUAUUGGCAGAUUGGGAUCUAAAGCCAUAGCCCGCGCAUAUGGGAUGUGCGCUAAGGAACACGUGAAGCCCCAGAUGUUAUUACAGGUUUGAACUUUGAAGGGAAGAAAAGAAAUGGACCCAGUCACAGCUCAUGGCCGCCCUGUUCCUCCUCCUUUCCUCACAAGAGAGCUUCAUCUAAAUCCGCACCAUCAAUUCUUGAAUCACCGCCAACAAUAUAACUCAGAAGACGAGCCCAACCGUGGCAAGAAACGAGAUCAACAAGAAGCAGCAGCAACCACCACAAACGACACGAGUGAAAGCAAAAAAGUAGCCAUAAAUGAAGGUGAAAUCACAAGAAAACCACGAGGCAGACCUGCGGGUUCCAAGAACAAGCCUAAGCCACCCAUCAUAAUAACCCGUGAUAGUGCAAAUGCCCUCCGAUCCCAUGUUAUGGAGAUUGCCAACGGCUCUGAUGUUAUGGAGACUGUUUCGACUUUUGCUAGGCGAAGACAAAGAGGUGUUUGCAUUUUGAGUGGGAACGGAACGGUAUUAAAUGUAACCUUAAGGCAACCAGGAGCUCCCGGUGCCGUCGUCACUUUACAUGGAAGAUUCGAAAUUUUAUCACUUUCUGGGUCGUUUUUACCUCCUCCAGCACCAUCGGCCGCAUCAUGUUUGACAAUAUAUUUAGCCGGCGCUCAAGGUCAAGUAGUCGGAGGAACCGUGGUGGGUUCACUUGCUGCUUCAGGUCCGGUGGUUAUUAUGGUGGCUUCUUUCGGUAAUGCAGCGUAUGAAAGGCUUCCCUUGGAGGAAGAGGAACAGCCAGUGGAGCUGACUCCUGAAAGCGGAUCCGUAGGGUCACCAAGAAGCAUGGUUGGUCAACAGCAACAGCAACUAUUGCAGGAUCCCAACGGAUCCUUUGUUCAAGGAUUGCCACCAAAUCUUCUAAAUUCAGUCCAAUUGCCAGCUGAGGCUUACUGGGGCACAGGUCGUCCCCCUUAUUAACAUAAGCACAAAGUUUCGGGUUCUUUUCCCUUCCAUUCAUCUUCUUCCAUAAGAUAAUAUUCAAGUUUUAAUUAUAAGUCUCGAUCAUAUAUUCAUCGGGCUUUGAUUUGAACAAGGAUGUACAAUCUCAUGGGUUUCUUCCUGGUGGAGUUUCUUGUUUUCCCUUUUCAUUAGUUUUUUUUAUUUGUAUGAGAAUAGCCGUUCUCAAUUGUUCUUCUGAUUCUAGUAUCUUAACGAUGAAGAAGCACCGAAACAGAAGAUGGCAGUCGUUUCUCAGUUUCUCUCUCCAUUACCUUUAAACUUGUCAGAGAAUUGUUCUUUGUACAAUAAAUAAAAAUAAAAAAAGGACAACUUUUUUUUA